UUCGUUUAUCUGUGCCGUGUGACUUCAAUCAACGGCAGUGUCGCGGACAAACGUCAUUUACUUUGUUAUCUUUUGAUCCAAUUUAUCUGACAACAAUAAAAUUUCCAGAUGGUUUCUUAAUUCGUACGGACAAGACUAGUCUAAUAAGUUUCUUGUGAAGUGUCAGUGUAUUUUGUGGAUUUGUGGGAUUCUCAUUAUGUAAAUACUUUCUCUUUUAUCGCCUGACUGCCCGUGUUGCGAAAUCCAACAAAAUGAAUUUUUAUACAAGCGCAGUUUCGAACAGCAGUUCAAACGGUACAGAUGAUGAAGGGUGUAUGUUGAUGAACACCACUCAAAAUGUGAUUAUAACAGGUGCGUACAACGGUAUUCCUCAGACUUUAAUACUGAACUUGGUGUCGUGGACAUGCCUCAUUGCGUUGUUCACUGUGCUCCGGCGGACGGCGUGGAACUACGGGCGAAUGGCGCUCGUUCAGCGCACGAAGAGCCGAUGGACAAAUCUAUUUUACCGCGGAGGUGAUGGCGAUGCUUUAGUAAACAGAAGACGAAGCGCCGACGAGACCCUUAACAUAGAUGAAGGGUUCUUUACAUGGCUGCCAGCAGUGUUCCGCCUAACUCGUGAGCAGGUUCUUUCCAAGUGCGGCCCCGAUGCUGUACACUACCUCUCCUUCCAAAGACAUGCAAUAACAUUGAUGUUCAUUGUGACGCUUGUGUCUAUUGGGCUGAUCCUGCCUAUAAACUUCCAAGGCACUAAUCUAAAUGUGGACUCUAGUACCUUCAGUAGAACUACUUUGUCCAACUUGCCAGGGAGAUCAAACUGGCUAUGGGUACAUACUCUAGUAAGCAUCUCUUUUCUUCCAAUAUCUGUCCUGAUCAUGAGACGGUGUACAGGACGUAAACCUGUGCCAACAUCCAUGACUGGCACAAUUAUGAUAACAAACAUAUCAAAAGCUGAUAGGAAUGAAUCCACAAUAAGAGCUUAUUUUACUAACAACUUUCCUAACAUUCAAAUAGUAGAUCUCAGACUUGCCUACAACAUCAAUAUGUUAAAUGAAGUGCAAGAAAAGAAAGAUAUGGUCACAGAAGCCUUAAUAUACACUGACUCUUACUUUAAGAAAACUGGGAAACGUAUUACUGUGAAGGCUUCAUGGUGUGGUCCAGAACUGGAUGCACUGGAGUUCUACACCAAUGAAGAGAAGCGACUUAAAGAUGAAGCAAAAAGAUGCAGAGCUAUGGUCCUGAAUGACCCUCUUGGUAUUGCCUUUUUAACUUUACCGUCAUACCAGCUUGCUGAACAUGUAAUCAAUAACUUUAAUUUGCAUUAUGGCUGGGUUUUGUCUCAUGCAACAAACCCCUCUGACAUAAUUUGGGAAAACUUAAGUGUACAACCUGGUGUGUGGUACCUGAAAGCUAUUGUAGUCAACUUCUUCUUAUUUAUUGUGUUAUUCUUUUUGACAACCCCUGCAAUUAUUGUCAAUCUAUUCAAUACAAUGGUAGCAAAACCUGAUGCUCUAGGAAAAAUUAGCACUGUAAUUUUUGAAUUCCUCCCUACCCUGCUUCUGUGGACGAUGGCUGCUGUCAUGCCAGCUAUUGUUGCAUUCUCUGACAAAUUUCUUUCUCACUGGACUAAAUCCCAACAGAACUACUCCAUCAUGACUAAAACUGUUUCAUUCUUAUUGUUAAUGACUCUGAUCCUGCCCUCAUUGGGUCUUGCCAGUGCUGAAGCAUUUGUCAGGUGGACGAUACACCACGAAAAUGACCCAAUGCGCUGGGAUUGCGUAUUUUUACCCGAUAAAGGCGCAUUCUUUGUUAAUUACGUCAUUACUUCGGGUUUUAUCGGAACCGCACUGGAACUGAUCCGGUUUCCGGAACUGUUUCUCUAUGUUUGGUAUUUACUACAGUCUAAAUCUAAGGCAGAAAAGAGCUACGUAAAGCGAGCCAUUCUUUAUGAGUUUCCAUUCGGAGUUCAUUAUGCUUGGAGCAUAGCAAUAUUUUCAAUUACGAUGGUUUAUAGCCUCGCGUGUCCGCUGAUCGCACCGUUCGGCUUAUUGUACAUGAUGUUUAAACACGUUGGUGAUAAACAUAAUCUGUUUUUCGCCUACGGUCCGUGCGACAUGAGUGGUGUUGGCGGUGGGAGGAUCCACGCUACAGCCGUUAGACUUAUUCGAGUUUCAGUUCUCUUACUUCUCGUUAACAUGGCUGCUUGGGCUGGUUUAAGAGCAGGCUUUGAAGCUAGAACCAUAAUUUUGAUAAUGGCAUCGAUUGUUGCUUUUGGAACAUUUUUGUUACUCAGCCCAUUCCCGAGCUGCACACCUCCUGCCCCGCUGCAGGAAGAGCCUAGUAUCAGAUUCCCAGAGUACAUUGCGCCUGCGUUGACUAAACCCAUUGAUUCUCCCCCUAGUACGGCAGCCACGACCCCGGAUUAUGGGGCUUCGUCACCUGUAACAACGCAUUCUUAUAGUCCCGACCCAAUUAAUAUAUAAUUUGAAAAUUAGUGAAUUUCCUUUAUCAAGUAAUUUUUGCCUUAACUUGCGAUCCGCUCAUAUCAGUGAUAAACGAAACACAUGAAUGGGUGUAGUAUUGGCGAUUGAGAAUGGAGCAUUAGACUUUUAGAACAAUGUAAAUAACCAAUGCAAUAUUUUUAUAUAUAUACAUAUACGAAGUUAUUGUAGGGGUAGUCGACUGAAAUCUUAUGUUCGGAUCUUUAUUUUAGUGUACACUGUAUUUUGUAAACUAAAAUUAGUCGUUUGACCCACGAAACAUUACGAUUAAUAUAUUAUUUUACUGCUUUACACGAAGCACUUAAUGUUUUUUUUUAUUCUGUUGUGUACGUUGAACUUUGAUCACGCUGCUACAAGCACUGUAUUGUUACUAGGUUUAGAUUAAUGUUAAUGGAUAAAUUUAGAUCUAUAAGGACCAUUUUGGUUCAAAGAGUAAUCGAUACGCCUAUAAUGAAAACGUAAUUGUACUUUACGCCUUAGACUUGUCGUAAUCCAUUGAAAUCUUAGAUCUUUGUCAGCCUAUGCCUAAGACAGCAGUCCAGAACAUAAGAUGUCAGAAUAUUUGAUUUUGUGAUUGUUUUAUGGCUGUCAUUUUUAUAUUUCCUUAUUCCUAGUAACUUAUUAGACGAUAAUAAUUAUGCUUUAUUUUUUGUACAUAAUGUAACGAGAUCUUUCGUGUUAUAUUUAGGUAAAUAACAUCGUCGGUAUCAAAUAAACACUGGAAUGUAUUUGUUAUUUUCCUUUAACCGAAUUGCUCAUUACGAAAUACAUAUUAUAUAAGUAUCUACUGUAUUUUAUUGUAUUUAUUAAAAUAUAAAUGAUACGGUUCUCCAAUAGUUAUUGGAAUUGUUGCAAUUGCUUAGUAUUGCUACUAAUGUUAUAUCUUGGCGAAUGCAUAGGUGCACUAGGCGUUAUAAUCUUCAUUUUCACAUUUAAUGCUCCUAAUUGGAUUGGCAUGCGGAGAUCCGAUUCAUCUCAAGAGAUUUACUCUAUUUAUUAAGAAAUAACAUUUUGAAAGAAACGUACUCUAUUAUCCUCAAAUUGUGUUUACAACGUCGUUUGCCUAAACAACCUUUAUGCCACAAUUAGAGUUAUUAUUCAAACGGAAGAAUACACCAUGAUAAAUUACAAUUAUUCAAAUACUAAAUAUUGUAUAUACAGUCAUAGCUAGUAAUAUUACAUAUCAGUUUGUUCGAAGUUUCUUGCAAAUCAUUUCGCCACGUAACACUAAUUAAAUUCAGGCCAGAGCAACCUUCUAGUCGGUCAUUUACUUCGCAUGUCGCAUGCUUACUCUAAAAAGUAUCGCGAAGUAAUAGAAGUAAGUAGUUAUUACAUCGCACCGAGCACGGAUUAUGAUUUGAACCGGUCCGUUCCAUUCCAUCGACAUCUGUAAUACGAUACAAGUUGAUUCAACGCGUAGACGGACGCGAACAACCACAUUCGGUGUGUCAAAGUUCCUUGGUCAGAUCUCGUUCUAAGGUGUUAUACAUAACUAUCGUCUGUUCGUAUCUUUACGAAGCCAAAACAGCCGCAACUAAUGCUGCUCUUAAUUUCUGGCCGUGAAAAUGCUUUCAUAUUAUUGUAACAUUAUUUAAUUUGCAAGUAGUUUUAAUACAUUGUCUUCCGUUGGUUAGAUAAAAAUAUUGUUCUGAGACAUGUCUAACAUAGCCCAGUAUAAUAUUGUGCAUGACACUCAAGUCCAAAUAGGUUAGUCAUAUCAAGUGCACGUGAAACAUAUUACGCAUACUAAUUAGCUAUACUAGAAACCUUGUAUAAGAUAUUAACGGUACGUUGAAAACCAUCCUCCUUCAUUCGUUAGUUACUGUUAUCGUUAAUGAUCCAAAUCACUUAAACAUUUGAACGUAACAUUCAGGUCAGUUUGUUAUAAAUAUCUUGAAACACUUGUAUUUGCGCGCAUUGUUCGCGAAACAUGAAUUAAUUGAUGGUAUAAAGCAUAACCAGAGCCUAUUUUCUGAAAGCAAAUCAAUUUAUUGGCUUAUCGUAUCGUAAACGUGUAUUGUAAUGGGCUAUUUAGCUGUGAACUAUGAACCUGCGAAUGUUUUCAUAUGGCUCUGAGAAGUAGACGACUCUAUUCAUAGAUGAGCCGCGUUGUAAUAGCAUGAGGUUACAAGAAGACAAGGGCAAAUAUGCGAUACAUCCGUAAACCAAUAUGGCUUCCUCAGUGACGUCACUAAGAAAACUAAAGUAACUUAGAAUCCUUCAAGAAUUGUUUUUGUGUUGGUUAUAACUUUACUGUAAAUAUUCAUAAUUAUGGUAGAAAAUUAAAUAUUCAAGUCAGGCAUAAGAACACUAGAAAAUUAAAAACCAAUGAGAAUUGAUUCGUUACCUACCUAAAAUAAUUUUUAUUUUAUUGCUAAACUAUGGCUUAACUUUAAAGUGAAAUGCGACGUAGUUUACUAUUUAUGUUUUGUACAGAAACAAUUUGUAGUGGUUAUUUGUAUCUAAAUAAUGUUGAAAUCACGCCUGCCUAGUUAUCUGCAGUAAAAAUAUUCCCUUCGAAAAUUAACCCUAUGACUAAAAAAUGAAUUCAGUAGCCAGUGGCUAACAGUUAUCACUGGGACAGUUCAGCAUGACAUAAAAUAUCGAUCUGUGAAGUUAUGAACUCGUGACCCCUACAAGCGACAGGUUAUUUCAUACAUAGGUAUCACGGACCUAGGUUAGGAUUUUUUUGUAAACUUUAACUGUACGCUAAAAUAUAGGAUGUUGAUAAAAUAUAAUGCAAAGCGAUAGUGCGAUAUCUAUUCGCAGGACAUGACAUCAUCCAAUCUGUUUUUCUCUGAUCAAAUGAUCAUAUUUAUAUCCUAGUCUGUUUUACACAUCAUUAUUUCUAUAGCUUUACUUACGUUGUGGUUUUUCGAGGCAACGAUAAUCUUUCCCAAAGAAAUUCUAUGUCAUUUAAAAAUGUGAUUGCUUAAUUUAUUCUCAUCAAUUGACAUUGAAGAAACGAGUUUGUUGAUGUUUUUUUUUUGUUUUCACAUUAGGAAAACUAAACUUGUUUCGAAGUUAACCGCUCGGUUGGGAUGUUGAAAUCACAUUCCGAGUUGAUGGAAAAUAUUCCGAAAUAAUUUCCUUUGGUUGAAAUGAAAUAUUGGGGAAACUGUCUAAAAAUGGCAUAACCUUUGUAGUAGGUAGUUGGUCGCCUGGUCUCUUGUUUUCAGACCAGACCAGAGCCAAUAAAAUCAGGUCAUUGAACGUAAUAUCAGUGAAUGUUUUAUGAAAACCGUAGACGCGAAAAUAAUAAUUCACCAUAUGGAGAUAAAAUAUUUACAAAAAUUUUAUACUGUUACCAAACAAACAUUUCAGCGGAAAGGGGAUUUUCAAUAUGAUUAACGACGUGUUUUUAUCGGACUACUCAAUUAGUCAAUUAUAAAUAAUACUUAUCCACGUCACACAAUCGAAACGAUAUGGUUACAUUUUAUCUUUAUUGGCACGUUUCUGGUCACGCCGAAAUAAUUACUGCGCUACCAAAACAGUUGAGCAAACUUACAUGUUUGUUGAGACACGAGUACAUAAGAAUUUGACCAAUUUGUGACUCAAAAAUUGAAAAUAAAAGCCGUAUUAUUCCCCUCGUCUGCCUUCGCUUAACCAAAUCAAGCACUGACCUCCGUUUUAUGAAUCAUACACCAACAUAAUCUUUUAUUCUACACAGUCCACAUUUUUAACCUUUGAAGUGUUAAUCUAUGCGGUCAACUGUACUAAUAUUUUCGAAUCUCCUUGAUAAAACAAACGACAGCUUUACACGCUAAUAAUA